AUGGGCUGCUGUUUUUUUCCCUCAAACAUUACAGUCUACCAGGUGUCACGUGGAAGUGAAACGGUUAUCUGGGUGGAUGAAUUCCUAAUCCAAAUCAUCAGCAUCAACACGCUGACAGCCAUCAGUGUGGACUAUUACAUCAAAGUUUGCCAACCUCAUCAUGCUCAUUGCGUCAACAAGCGUAACAUUGGCGCAGUUGUAGCAGAACAUGCAUUACAGUUUUUGUCGAUCCUUUGCACAGUCAAGUCCAGCCGGAGAGAUGUCAGUGAGAGGCAAGAGAAGAUUGAGCGGAGCAUUAUGCGGGUCUCUCUAAUUCUGUGUGCGGCCUUCCUGUUGGCCUGGUCCCCAUGUGCAGUCAUUUCGUGGUCGGGGGGUUACCAAAUACCCCCACUCAACGGCAUCCUGGCAGGCCUCUUUGCCAAGUCAGCAAGUUUUUACUAUCCGUUUAUCUACAUUGGCAUGAUCUCUAAGUUCCGGAAGGACCUGCGGGCUCUGCGCUGA